AUGGCGCAAAAAAAGUCCGUGGAGGACGUGUGGCGCCAGCUCAAGUCCAGCGCCGCGCCCAGGCGCCCCGACGCCAAGCGACGCGAUCGAAAUAACCAAUCAUCCCAAAACUCUGCCCCGCCUGCCGGCAAGGGAACCGGACCACCGGGGGGAUGGGAUGCCCAGGCGGACGCUUGCAGUGCCGGUUCGGUGGAGCGUCGGUCGAUCAACGUGGUGGGGACCGGCGCGGGGGACGUGGCGUGUGCAGUGGCGGCCUUACAGAGGAACAUCAACUGCCUGUCGGACCCAGACAGGGCCACACGGCGCAGGGCGAUCGACGAGCUGGCGGGCGUGCUGGCGGGGGAGGGUGGUGGAGGGCCGCCUGCGGCGCCCGAGCUGCUGCAGGCCCUGCUGUGUGGCCCCCUCCUCCACCCGCUCAUUGCUAUGCUCAGUGAUCCAGUGGAGAAGUGCCGCGAGCGUGCCCUGCACCUCCUAACAGUGGGUGCCAGCCGAAUGGUGGACAUCGCCCCUCUGCUGCCGGCACUGAUGCCUGCAGUUGCAAGACGGAUGGGGUACCCCCCUGUGCUGGAGUCCUCUGAAGAGGUGCGCCUGGCACUGGUCCACCUGGUUGGGGGACCCGUAAUGGAGCGUGGUGGAGAGUCCUUGGCAGGUUACCUGACGGAGGUCACCCUGCUGAUCUGCCGUGCCCUCCAAGACCAGUUCCACGAGGUCAAGAAGGCAGGGUGCACAGCCGUGAUCCGCCUAUGCGCCGUUGUCACAGCGACACAGCUGGCAGAACACAGCGAGGCCCUGGUCCAGGCAGUGCUGGCUGGCCUCAGCCACCAGCAUUCUCGGGUGCGGACAGCCUGCUUGCAGGCGCUGGAUGCGCUUGUGGUCAGGGGCCUGCCUGCUGGGAUGGUUUCGCAAAAGGUCGCACCAGCCCUGCAGCCCCAGGCGCUGGAUAAGGUGCUUGGUGUGAGACAGUCAUGUUUUGAGAUGAUCGCGGGGUGGUUGGGGGCAGACAGGGAGGGUGUACAGGAAGCAGAAUGUGUGGACGCCUAUGGUGCCAGCCUACUCCCCCUGCUUGUCUUGGGGGCUACGGAUGAAGAUCAAGAUCUGGCAGCACAGACGUUGGCUCUCAUCGAUUCGGCAGGAGUGGCGUACUGCAACCAGGCUGAUAGUGAAGAGACAUCUCGGACUGGGAGACAAGAUGCUAUGGAAGUGGACUCAGCAUCACCUGCACCAGGCACGUCAGCACAUGCGGAAACGACCGAGCAGUAUGCAAAGGAGCUGUUGCUGCUACUGGGGAAACCCUACACGGCUCUGCCUUCAGCCCAGACGCAGCGGCUGGUUUGGCACUUGCUUCCAGACAUCCUGCCCUCAAUGCUGCAGUCCCUUAAAGAGUGGACCGUCACCAAUCGGCUGGCCAACGCCAGGGGACUGCACACACUGGUGGCACUGUCGGGGGCUGGUAUUGAAAAGCAUUUGGACACUUUGCUGCCAGCCAUCUGCACAGCGGUGGGGGACGAGGACGCCAAGAUCGCGGGGCGUCUAGUGUCUUGUGUCCAUCUUCUGGGGGCCCAUGUGCCAGUGGCCAGCUGGAUGCCCCUCAUGCUGGACCAGCUGUCGGCGUCCCGCACCAGCGCCGCUCAUCUGGCAUCCACCCUUGUGGUCCUGUCCAGUCUGCUCUAUUCUGCCGGCACCCUGCAGCACAGCAUCAGCGAUGACCUGCUGAAGAAGCUGGCGGUUGGGCUGGGCUGGAGGGAGGUGCAGCUGUGUGGGAGCCCUGCUGUCAAGCACCAGCUAACUUGCGUGGUCGCCAACAUGCUGCGACUGGCAGGGGCCCAGUCCGGCCUUGUCAGCAGGGAGGUGUGCCGCACCCUGUUGCAGCUCAUGGGCAAUGGAGCGGAUGGGGAAGCCCGACCAGUGCUGCUGCAGCUUGCUGUUGCCUGUGGCCUUGAGAAGAUCCACGAGAUUGUUGACCGCCACGCGGGGGACAUCCUGCACUAUAUAUCUGAGGAUGCUGCCGACUGGACCGAGAGCUCCCCAAACUGCCAAGUGUUCCGUGCCUUGCUGUCUUGCUGUGGGCCAGAGGCCCUGAGGACAUUGAUGACUGCUGUGGUACCUAUCAUGAACAGUGUCUUGGGGGACCAUUCCAGAGAUCCGGCAUUGAGGUUGGCCUACCUCAACCUGCUGACCUCCUUGAUCGAGGACGAGGCGGUGGGGCCCGUGCUGGGGGGCCCCGCGGCCGGCUCCACCCUCACGGAUUUGCUGCUCCCACCGCUGGUCUGGCGCGCCGGCAAGACGGCCACGGCGGUGCGCUUCGCCGCCAUCACCGCCUUGGCGUCCUUCCUGGCCCUGCGCCUCGUGGAUGGGGUGGCGCUCAGGGAGCGCCUGGACGCGGGGGACAUGCUGCCGGCGGUGUUCCAGGCGCUGGAGGAGGACUACUAUGCGGAUGUGCGGCACACGGCGUGCUACGUCAUGGAGCACAUCAUCCUCAUCACAGGCGGCCUCCUCACUGACGCCCACCGCCGCGCCCUGUACCCCGAGCUCCUCAAGCGCCUGGACGACAGCAGCAACCGCGUGCGCGUGGCCGCGUGCGGGCCCCUGCGCGCCUUUGUGGCCACCAUGCCGCCCGACUACUGCUCCACCAACACGGGCUACCUGCUGGCGGGCAUGCUGAUCCACAUGGACGAUGGCGAGGCGGGCGUGCGGGAGGCGGUGUACUCGGUAGUGGAGGGGGCGGCUGCAAAGCGGCCGGACGUCACGGAGGCGGAGGUGAUGAAAGUGAGGGAGCGGUUCAGGUGCAGAAUGUACUGCGACAGGGCCCUCGAGGCCUGUAGGAGGGCGCGGGGCGAGUAG